AAAUAAUGAUAAACAGUAGUACAUUGGUUGAACGUACACAUACAAUAAGUAACUAAUAAAUAAAAACCGGGAAAAGAUUUAAAAAAAAGUACUGUCGGAAUUAUUAAAGUAUCUUUUAGACUUUGACUUAUUGAAGGAAUUUAACCCCACGGACAGCUUCCUAUCCCUUCUUGACUUCCUCUUCUUCUCUUCUUUUUGUUUUUUUUUAACUCCCGCGAGAUUAGCAGCUUGACCCCUUGUUUUUCAAUUGUCAUAAUAGAUACGAGUAAUUUGUGCCGCCAGACAGCGGAUUCUCUCUGCGUGACUCAAGUCCGUGCAGGACUAAGGAUACGCAAGUGACCUACUUUCAAUUGGACAGGCAAUAAAAACACACACCCGCACAGGCGUUCGCUCAGAAAGAAGGAGAGUUUAGAGCGGGGAUUAAAUACCUGUAGCGACAGGUAACACGAGCUACAGCGGCCGCAGUCGAACUUGGCUCACUCAGCAACUGGACUCAAGAUGUUGUCAUCCGUUCCCACGGGGAUUCGCUCCUUGUUUUUCAUGCUUACACCAAACGAAUCGUCCUUUAAGACGGUGGAAGAAGUUCCUGAAUAUGUUCACCAAGCCACUCCUUACUUUGCAGGUCUGAUUCUUCUGGAGGUGCUGGUGGGUCUUCUAAAGUCUGGAGAAUUAGUGGUCCCCAUAAGCGAUGGAAUCACUUCCUUAUCAAUGGGAAUAGUCUCCAAACUGCCCUUUUUGUUGAUAAAGAGCCUUGAACUGACUGCUUACGUGUUUGUGUGGGACCGAUACCACCUAGUGGAGCUGCCCUGGGACUCCGCUUGGACCUGGUGGUUCACCUUCCUGGGUGUGGACUUGGGAUACUACUGGGUUCAUCGCUUCUCUCACGGUACAAACUACACACACUAUAGCAUAAUAGUGUCCACCAGAGAGUUGAUUACAAAAGUGGACCACCUCAACCCAGUGGUGCAGAGGUGGACAGGCCUCCAUAAAUCUUCUAUCACUGCCGUGGAUGUGGAGGUCUGGCUUCACGGAAGCAGAGAAGCAGGAGUGCGAUGCCUCAUGGGAGGCAGAGACAACAUCAGCGGUGAUCUGGAGGUCCCAGGCUCUUGCUGUCUGACCACCAAGAUGUGGAGGUCUGGCUUCACGGAAGCAGAGAAGCAGGAGUGCGAUGCCUCAUGGGAGGCAGAGACAACAUCAGCGGUGAUCUGGAGGUCCCAGGCUCUUGCUAUCCACUACUACAGGCACCUGUGGAAACGCUCCAGAACAUACAAGGCCUUUGGCAACAAAAUCUUAACAUUCCUCAACGGUCCCAGUUGGACUCCUGGAAAACCUCGACUAGGAGAUCACACUGCCAAUCCCAAGGUCACAGGGAAGGAGGUUGCUUAUAAUCCCAGCUGGUCUCUGUUUCUCCAAGUCUACGUGGUUCUUCACUUCCUGCUGGUGCUGGGGACAUACGUCCACCUGUUUGAAACCAAGAUGAUGGUCUCUCAGCUGACGGUACUGGGAAUGAUCGGCUACAUUCUUCUCACCCUCACGUCUCUGGGAUUCAUCAUCGACCAGAGGCCUUCAGCUGCUAUGUUGGAGAUGCUGCGCUGCGUCGUUAUGAUGACGCUGCAGAACUUCGGCCACGUGAAGAGCCCACUACCCUCGCUCACCGUGCCCAUGGAGGUCUUUGUCGCCCUCUCUCUGCUGUACUGGUUCCUGCAGAGCGUCUCUCAGCUCGUCAGCAUCAAGAAGAAAAGCGCCUGAACGAGCUGCGGUCGUUUUGACGUCACAGAGCCAACAACACAGGCUUUGACAGAUUGUAACGACGACUUAAACAAUCAAUAUGCUCCCGCAAGUUGAUUCUCCUUCGUCAAUGUGUCAUUUACUGCUGAUUUUAAUACUGUGGAGAGAAGAAUUUGAGCAAUAAUAUAUUUUAUCUUUAGCAUUUAUUCAUUCUGCUUGUCAAAAAUAUGAAUUGGUUCUGCUUAUUUUAAAUGUUGUUUGUGCUGCUGCUUGAAAAAAUACAACAGAAAAUCUGUAAUCCUUUUGUUUGGAAAAUAAAACAUUGUUGGGUUGUAG